AUGCGCAAUUCCCUUGUUUGCGUGCCGGAGAUAAUGCGGUCAAUCCUCUUCUGCGUGCUCGUUUUGUGCGCCGGCUUCUCAAGCAUAGCCUAUUCGGCUGACUGUAACCAGCCUGAUGCAGUUGUGUGUCGAAGCUUUUUCAGUGCUGCACAGUGUGGUAAACUUAAACAGUGUGAGGACUUGUGGUUGCAUGCCCAUGACUUCGGUCUACCAUCUUCGGACAACAAAUGCAAAAAAUGCGAGUCGUUUGUACGUGAGGGGAAAUUUGUGGAGUUUGCAAAGGAGAUUUCUUCACCAUCGGUAUUGUUUUCCCUCAACUCUACUUAUUUUUCAGCGGUACGUCUCCAGCGAGUAUGUAGAGUCGCUAAACUCGAAAAUGGUACUUUAAAAACGUUACUGAAUUUAUUUCGCUACUUCUAGCUGAAUCCAAAACUAACCUGUGCCAUUUUCGGACGGUGCAGUCAGUCACUUUUUACUCUCCCGGUAAGUUGAUUCGCCGAUGGAGACUAUGAAUAGAACUUGAGAUUCAAGCUUUCAGACACCUGCAGUGAUUGCGAAAAGAUCGUUGUGGAUGUUCGAGCGCUUAUUCAAAGUAACAAUACAAAAGAGGCUGUCGCGACUUACCUAAAGGCUGCUUUGUGUACCCGACUUCCUCUCAAAGUAGUUGAUUUAUGCAAAAAUGCUGUUAACGCAUAUACUGGAACGAUCGUUGACCUUGUUUCUGCUGAACUGGUUUGUUUGCAUUGCUGCUUUUUACGCUCUCUAGGAUCCAACUGUUGUGUGUGCGUUGUUUGGGCUUUGUCAACAAGAGGUAUUUUCUACCACCCUUUUGUCUUACAUGCCGACUUUAAGACGAAAUUCGCCGAAAAACAACAGACAGAAAACUGUUCUGAAUCCCAAGUAUUUUCUUGGAUUCGUCGUCCUGCUGGACGAGGUUUUGAGAAGUUUCACUCUCGUCUCACAAAGGUCCCAAGGACCGACAGCUCAGUAAGUGUAACUGCGUUGCUUUAUUAACUUUUUGUUUCAUCUUGUUAAUUUCAGUAAUUAAUUUUUUCCAGCCAUCACUUCACGGGACUAGCAUGUCGACGAGUCUUCACACAAAAUAUCUAUAAUUUAACACUGUUCGAUUUUAAAUUUUUCGGUUAUGCAAAACCUUACCUGUUUAUUCCUACCGUUAAUCGAAUCAUGGCUAGCUACAAGCUACACCCGCUUGCACAGACUGCGUCAACGUAUUUUCACGGAUCCGAGACCGGUUAACAGACCCCAAUUUCGAUGAAAUGUUAAAGAAACUCGUCAAGGAAAAGUUAUGCUCUUCUUUUGGAAUCUUCGAACCGAUGGUAAGUUUUUAAGGUUUGUCAUUCAGCCUUCAUGACCUUAACAUUAGACAAUUCCACGGUUUCACGGGCACUUUAUCAUCCGCAUACCAAGUCAGAGAAGACGGCUUGUACCUUUAUACCCAACCCUUUAGGCUGCAUUAGAGUUCUGUCAAUUAUUAAUGGUUCUUUAGUAUUUUCCCCGUGCUCGACGUUGGCAGUACUACGAGGGAACAGUUGUUGCUUGUGUGUGACAUUGAUUGUUGCCAGAACAAAAUCCUCACCGUCAGCCCCAUUAUCCCCAACACCUUCCAAGAACAACUUAGCAUGUGACGGUGUAGCGACCGACUGCUCACUUUUCCGUCUUGUGCCUCGCACGCUGAUUCCUCAUGCCAGAUAAACCAAACUUAAUGCACUUGGUAUUAGUAUCAUUUAGAGGUGUUCCGGCAAUCGCAAUAGUAAAAACCACGCCACAGUCCGGUCCUUUGUCUCAUUGGCCAAGUUGUCCCUCCGGUUAGCAACCUCCCAAGCCAUGACUUUUAGAGCGCUUUGCUAUUUUACUUUUAUCUCAGUCGGUAUUUUUGGUGAGGGUAAAUUAUGUAGCUUCCUAAUUGUGUUUUACGCAUUAACUAUUUUCAAGAGUAGGGUCGACUGCAGAUAAGAUUGUUCGCAAUAACUUACCAAAAGUUUCACCCCGCCUUACGCGUACACCAGGCGCGCUGGCUCCAGCUCUCGCGUGACAUGCCUUUGGUCAUUGAAUAUACGUCCAUUUUUAAGUAUAGUCCACACUCCCAUCUAGCAGAUUAAGAAACAUGAUGUAUAACGGCCAAAUCUUACUAGUACCAUCAUGCUGACCAAGUGUUCACCCACCAGAUUAAAUUAAAGCUCAGUGCUAUUUGUGAUGUAGCUUUCUCAGACCGAUUUGGCUGGAUACGUGAAUUUGUUUGCAGCCACCACGUAUUUGACAGUCAUCCUUGUCAGGUAUUUCGCUCCAAAUACCCGGGUCACAUUUGUAUCGUCUGGUCCUUUUCUAAGUACGUCGAAAAGUUGGAUCUAGCAUGUACCGGCACGGACUAAGUACUGCUAUAUGCUUUCCCAUUUAUAUAGGUCCUGUGAACCCAUUGUUUAGUUUGGCACAGGUGGGAUUCCCAACUUUAUUGACAGAAGUGCUGUUGCGUUAAAACUGCUUUGCUGCUUUUGAGGACCUAACAACCUCUGAAGAUUGGUUCUUUGUUAUUUCGUAGCAUGUUGAUUGACAGCGACCGAAGAUUGGAAAUUUAUGUCUGAGUCCCAGUUUCCUGGCUGCUGGUAGUUUUUUACACAGGCCUUUUCUGUGUCCUAGUAUUGGUGUACAGUGUAUCGACAACACGUACGAACUCUGAAGCAUCGUUACUUGGGCAUUAUUGCAACAGUCCGAACUAGUCACGUUAAAUGCCUCGUAAAAUUGAUAAUAGGCCGAUUAAAGCUUGGGACGUAUAUAUAAACCUGGUCUUUGGUAAACUGUACACGUUCCCUCUAAACGUCUAUUAACUUUGACAGUACGGUUUUGGGGCGGGUACUUAUUCUACACUAUACCUUGCGAUUAUUUCCUUGCCACUGAGAAUAGCUGGAACAACCGAUUAAUAUUAAUGCCAUCGCCUGAAGGGUGUUCAAAGUAAUAUGUCGCGACCCCUAUUUGCCAAAUUUUUAGUGUGAGGCAGCCGUUUCAAAACAAGUGGACGCGAUGAUUGACGACGCCUCCCAGACCAACAUCACUGAACUGUGCGUCCUCUUUGAGCAGUGUGAAGGCAAUGCAUCUGUGAGAAUGCAGGCUUUCGUACAGGCUGCCAUCGAGAAACAGUUGUCUCAGUCGCGUCCUCGCCAAACUCUGUAUCCAUCGCCCGGAGUGAAAGAAAGUCAACCACAUGGUCCGCAAAUUCCAUUUA